CCUGUGAACUCUGCCUGGCAACAAAUGGACAUUCUUUUCAUUGGCUCGUCAGGCGAGUUACAUUUGAUGAUGGUGGCAACGGUUCAACAAAAAGAGUACAAGUCGGCAUGACAAAUAAGCAGCAUUCACCCAUGAGUAGAUUUUGAAGCCGCGCAACAUGUCGGAAAAUCCACCCGGGCGCUGAGUAACAGCAGGCUGAGCGGCCAUCCCGUCCGUCAUCCCGUCAUCCCGCCUCAGGCUGCAGUGGACGGAGAUGGCGAGCGGCAGGCAGAAAGUGGUGCUGAUCACCGGCUGCUCAUCGGGCAUCGGCUUGAGGAUGGCCGUCAUGCUGGCCAAGGACCAACACCAGCGCUACCACGUCAUCGCUACAAUGCGAGACCUGAAGCGCAAGGACAAGCUGGUGGAAGCUGCCGGCGACGCGUACGGGAAAACGCUCUCUCUGGCCGUGCUGGACGUGUGCAGCGACGACUCGGUCAAACAAUGCAUCGACGGCAUCAAGGAUCGCCACGUUGAUGUCCUAAUCAACAACGCGGGCAUCGGCCUGGUGGGGCCCCUGGAGAGCAUUCCUAUCGAGGAGAUGAAGAAGGUGUUUGAAACCAACUUCUUCGGUGUGAUCCGAAUGAUCAAGGAGGUGAUGCCUGACAUGAAGCGACGUAAAGGGGGGCACAUCAUUGUGAUCAGCAGCGUCAUGGGACUUCAAGGGGUGGUCUUCAACGACGUCUACGCGGCUUCUAAGUUUGCCAUGGAGGGCUUCUGCGAGAGUCUGGCCGUGCAGCUGCUCAAGUUCAACGUCACGUUGUCGAUGAUUGAGCCCGGCCCGGUUCACACGGAAUUCGAGGCCAAGAUGAUUCAGGACGUGCGGCAGAAGGAGUACCCGGGAACCGACCCGGACACGGUGCACUACUUCAAGAACGUUUACCUGCCGUCUUCCGUGGACAUCUUUGAAACGCUCGGACAAACGCCGGAUGACAUAGCGAGAUGCACCAAGAAGGUGAUCGAAGCCAGCAGGCCGCGAUUCCGCAACCUGACCAACCCCUUGUACACGCCCAUCGUGGCCCUCAAGUACGCCGACGAGACGGGCGGCCUGUCGGUCCAUGCCUUCUACCACAUGCUCUUCAACCUGGGUUCGCUCAUGCAUGUCAGCAUGACGGCUAUGAAGUACCUCACUUGCGGCUGUUUGAGGAGCCGCACCGUGUCGCCAAACUAAGGAACCCCAACAACUGCUGGGACAAUUUCACAGGAAAUUUCCGAAACUGGAACCGUUAGAUCCAAGAUCACGCAAUAUUACCAGCAAACAAUCAAGACUGCGUGAAUGUGUAUGAUUUUGGAUACACAUAGACUUUUUAAUUAAUGUAAAAAGCUGUAAAAAAAAACAUUUUUAAGAAACAAACUACGAACUGUAUAGGUAGUGAAGAUUUUAAGGAUAAUUAUUGUUGCAGUCGUGGCACAUCAUAAAAAUUAAUUCCACUUGGAAAGAAAGCAUCAAAUCACUUUGUCAUGCCAUAUUUUCUUCUGUACAUAUAACUGAUGUAAUAAAUCAGUCCCUUCA